UUAUCUUCGUACACACAGACGAUCUUCGGCCACAACAGCCGCAACAAGAAACAUGGCCGAUUCCACCGCUAAACGUGAAGCAGACAGUGUUGGAACUGACGAAUCAUCGCAGAAAGUCAAGAGAGCGAAAUCUGAUAGUGAGAAUGGUCGAGGAGAAGUUGAUAAUGAAUCUGGGUCAGAAAAUAUUUUGUACGAAUUUAAAACAUCCAACGUCUUGAGUGAUUCUGCCCGGGAGAAAAACAUCUUCAUCCAGGGAAAGCUUGCUGAUCGGGAGGCUGUGGUUAUCUUGGAGAAGACUCCCAUCAGAGAGGACACCCUAGCUGAGAUUUUCAGUGGGUCCAGGCUGAAGCUGGAGAUGAAGAACGACAUCUACAGCACAUAUCGUUUACAGGCUCCCCCUCAUCUCAAUGAGAUUAAGACUACAGUGGUAUGUCCAGCUACGGAGAAGCAUGUAAAGAAAUAUCAGCGUCAGGAGAGUUUCCUGGUGGAGGAGACGGAUGAGGACUAUCGGUCCAUCACUCUGCCUUACAUUGAAAAGCAGAGUUUCAGCAUUCAGUGGGUAUACAACAUCCUGGAGAAGAAGGCAGAGGCUGACAGGAUAGUUUAUGAAGAUCCAGACCCAGAGGUUGGCUUUGUCCUUCUCCCAGACUUCAAGUGGGACCAGAAGCAGGUUGAUGAUUUAUACCUGAUUGCCAUAGUACAUCAGAGAGACAUUAGGAGUCUCAGAGACCUGACGUCAGAGCAUCUCCCACUGCUACAGAACAUUUUAAAGAAAGGAAAGGAGGCCAUCCUGAAGCGCUACAACCUUCCAGCCAGUAAGCUGAGAGUGUACCUGCACUACCAGCCGUCCUACUUCCACCUCCACGUUCACUUGACCAAGCUGGGCUACGAGGCACCAGGCUGCGGCGUGGAGCGGGCCCACCUCCUUGCAGAUGUCAUCCAAAACCUCCAGUCUGACCCCCAGUACUACAAAACCCGGACCCUUUACUUUCCACUGAGGGCAGACGACGGACUGCUCAGCAAGUUCAAGGAGGCAGGGAGGCUGUAACAGACCUCGUGCACUUGUCCUCCCUAUUAGUAUAUUUCCAUCCAAACAAUGUCAGACCAAAUCCAGUCAUCUUUUUUUGGUGUUUUAUUUGUUUAAUCUCUUUUUGUUGACAAAUAGCUCUUUCCUGUGUCAACACUAAUGAUGCUAGCCAAAGAGCGGUACCCUCCUAUCAGGUGUACAGAGUAGUAGUUUAGCUACAAAUGUUAUCUUAUAAGAUCAGGCUUAAUUCCCAAUUCAAUGUUAUAAUGUUCCACAAAAAUACAGUCUAAUUAUCAGUGUGUUUCACUUUUCAGAUGAUUAAUAAUCACAAUGAUUUUCUGCAUAUUUUAUACAUAUUUCGAUACAUAAUUUUUUGCAUGUUGCAGUCUGACUCCUCUUGGUAUCUUUUUAAUAACUUUUGUAUUAUUCUUGCUUUCUGUAUGAGUAAACACAGGAGUGGAUAACCAGCAGAGAUGUUUUAAUGGAUUUUUUUAAAAAAUAUGUUCAUUAAAUGUUCCUGACAGAAUUAAAGACUAUUUUGUUUUCACUCAG